AUGUUGCUGUUCCGAUGGUUGGCAAUAUUAAUUUUAUUGGCCAACACUUCAAAUUGUCAUCAUAGAGCCAGUAGACAAGCUGGAUAUAACUAUGAACGUCCAAAAAUUCCAUUUUCAUUGCCAUCACCCUCUGUAGCAAUACCUGCACCGAGUCCACCACGUAUUGCUCCACCUCCUGCUACAUAUUUACCGCCGUACUCACCAGCACCUCCUCCGUCACCGCCACCCCCACCACCCCAACCGAAUUAUCUACCUCCGCCGCCAUCACCCCGACCUUCUCUUCCACCACCUCCUCCGCCACCCCCUCCACCACCACCACCGCCUCCUCCUCCGCCCACUUAUAAUUAUCCUACACCAACUCCUGCUCCACCACCACCUCCGCCACCCCCUCCCCCUCCACCACCGCCUCCUCCUCCUCCGCCCACUUAUAAUUAUCCUACACCAACUCCUGCUCCGCCACCCCCUCCACCACCGUCGCCUCCUCCUCCCCCGCUCACUUAUAAUUAUCCUACACCAACUCCUGCUCCACCACCGCCUCCGCCACCACCACGACCUUCUCCUCCACCACCACCUCCCCCUCCGCGUCGGCCUCCUCCUAAUAUUUCAACUCCUGCACCCACAUAUCUCCCGCCUUAUACACCCCAGUAUUCACCAUCUCCUCCACCUCAACGGCCACAACCACUUCCACCAAGGAUACCUUCUCCUCAACCUCCACGACCAACUGCGCCUCCACAAACGUACUCACCAAUACCAAGACAACAACCUUCACCAUCUUUACCCGGUAGUCGACGUUAUUUGCCUCCACCAGGUUAA